AUGCCUCCAGAGCCCAUACCCCCGGAGCUGAUAGACACCGUUCUUAACUACGUUGACGACCGCAGGACACUCAAGGCAUGCACUGUGGUUUGCCGCAGCUUUUGUGCACUCGCGCAGAAGAGACUCUUUUCGUCGUUCACCCUCCUGCCGCCUUCUCUCCCCCAUGUGGCUCCACCUCCGCAGGACCUUGCAACCUUUCUGGUGAACUCCCCGCAUAUCCCCUUUCACGUCCGCCGUCUGCAUAUCGUCUGCCCCCACUACGAGAACUGGGUCGGCGCCAUCCUGCAAUGUCUUGCGCUGUUCACGCGCCUGACAAGCCUCCUCAUCGACUGCCGCUACCUCUCCAAAGACACUCACAGCUGGGAGUCCUUCUACCCGGACACCGUCACCGCCUUGCGAUCAAUAGCCGCGCUACCCUCUAUGCGCACGCUAUUGCUGUACGCUGUCGACCUCGAUGUUGCCUUGCAGCUCUUCCCACCACGAGUCCGUCGCUUGGUCCUGUACCGUCCGUGUUUUGACGUCAAUAUUGGGCUUGCACUUGAUGCCCAGUAUUCCGGGCGCGAGGAUAGUAUACCCAAGCUCGAACUUGACUCACUCGAGCUCCAGUUGGACUCGCUGCACGAGCCCGCGGCGGACCUUUUCUUUGCACGCUUCAUCGACGUUGCGCGGCUGCGGCAUCUCCACGUGGCCUACCCGGAGUCCGAAUAUGGGGAGUGCCCGCCGCAGGUGCACGCCGUGCAUCAUACCGUCGACCUCCAGCAUCUCCACAUAACCGCCCGGACGUUCGACGUCCAAAAUGACACGCGCGUCCUCGAUAUCAGCCACCUCCAAAAGCUGCACGUUGUCAAGCUGACCGUGCCAGUCGACGCCGACAUUGUGUUCGAUAGCGUGUAUAGCGUCGUGGAGACUGUUUUGCGCUGCAUUGUGAUUCCAGGCCCGGUCCGACAUGUGAUCAUCGAUCUCGCGCUCUCCGAGUUUAGCGGACACUCCGAGCUCCCACUCAUUCGAUCGCUCGCGCACUUUGCGGAGCAGCUGGCUCCCCUCUUACACUCAUGGGUGGACCAGCAUUUCAUGCCGACGGUGUCCAUCUGGGUCCACUUUCAAAACGGAUAUGUUGGGAAUAUUGGGGGGCCAGUGAGGAAGGCAGUAUUAGAUGAGGUGGGGGAUCUUGGCAUUGACGUGAAUGUCGAGGCAUUCGGUGAUGCGAGAGAUGCACUGAAAUAA